AUGGUCGCUUUUGCUGGAGACCAGAAACGUCUGUAUCCCCUGGACUUCGAGCGGCUGCUGCGGAGGGGAAUGGGAGAUGGUUUGCGGCUCCAGAUGUAUCCGGAUGUGGGCUCGACGGAACUCCGCGAGGCAAUUCAGGAGGGCAAGACACUCCAGGCGCGCGGUCCGCUGCGGAGGCUCCAGCGUGAGCUGAAGGCGGCGCAGGAGGCGUCCUUCCGAGGUGAGACGGUCCCUACUUUCAGUGGGCACUGGAGGUUUCGCCCAGACACCUGGCAGUAUCAGGCAUGGAAGCAGGAUGGUCGGCUGGCACCCGAUGCGCAGAUGUGCUCCGUGACCCGGUGGUUCUACCUGAUUCACAGGACAGACCCAGAGAUCAGAGUGGAGCAUUGGCCGCAGGUGGGACGAGGGGGCCCCAAGCUCUUCCCCGAGCGCUUCGCCUCGAACUGCAACUGCGAACCUCCGCAUUGCUGGCCGUUGGCCUGGGGAGAUGCACCAGAUGGGCUGCUGCAGGGCGUGGAUUGGAUCCAGUAUCCCGCGACCGGGGCAUGGCUCUCGCUGAAGGCUCUAGCAGCGGGCGGAGAGCCGGGCAAUCUGACGAAUACCUCGCAGGCAGCCUGA